CACGCCGCCCAAUGACCGCUCAGCGCCGGGCGCGGCGGAGGCGCCGGCGGGGGCCUCGCCCGGCCGCGCGUCACAGCCAAUCGGGGACCGCGCCGGGGCCGAGGUGGCCAAUCAGCGGCCUCCGAGCCGCAGCCAACCGCGGUGCUCGGGAGGCAGGAGCGCAGCUGGACGCAGCUGGGCACGGAAGCGUGGGGCUGCGGCGAGUCCCUCCCCGCAGCGAUCCGCCCCCGGCCGGGGCCCUUUGCCUGUCCCGCGGAAACCGCGGGCGCGGCAGCACCCCAGUCGCGCUCGGUUUACCGGCUUGUGUAAUGGGCCGAGGUCGUGCGCCGCCGGACCCAGAAACAGGCGUUUCUUCAGCAUGCACUGUCAAGCGGCUCCUGUGUGCAAGGAGCGCGAGUGGGGGGCGCUGGGCCGGGGUCAGGGAGCCCGCGCUUGGUGGACACUUCGAGCAGGGCUCCCUGGCUGGUUUGCCCUCUCCGCCUGGGCUAGCUUCUAGAGCCCUACCGCGUGCAGAGGUGACGAGGACCGUGCGUACACCUACUGUCUGCCCGCUGGUGUUGAGCGCCUGGGGAGGAGAGCCGUCGUCGAGCCUGACCCCCAGGACCUGCUGUUCUCCCGAGGGAGAGCACAGUACACGGAUGAGAAUGACCUUAAGCGUCCCUAUACGAUUUGGGUCUCUCUGGCUGCCUGCAAGGAAUGGACUCUGGGACGGUGCAGAGGCAGGACACCAGGAAGAGGUGACCAUGAUAGCUCAGCACCCCCGGAAAACUGUCACUCCUAUAGGUGCAGGGAGGCUCAGCAAGGCUGUUGAUGAUCGCUCCAAACUGGAACUAACCCACGGGUCCUAUUAGGACAAGACUGAUAAAAUAAAACCGUGGAGUCAC